GCCAUGGCGACGUAAACCGAAGGCCCGGGCUCGGGGAGACGAGUCCAGGUGCGCAGAGGCUUCGGAGCGAGCGCGGUCGUGCGGAUCCCGUUGGAAUCUGCUUUAGCCAAUUGCAAGCUUAUCGGUGAGCGCUCCCUCCUUCGCCCGGAUGUCAAAGGUCCUGCCUCCUCUGGUCUCCAAGGGCAUAAGUUUCAACAAGAAGAGCCCGGAAUCCGUGGACAAUAGUUCUUCUUCAGUCAUUGAAGAAAAAAAGAAACAUGGGGAAAAAACCAAAGGGUCUGCGAUUGUUCCUGACCAGUCAGCUAAUCCUUUCCAUGUGUCUGGGGACCUGGAUUUCUUCUUGCUCAGACACCAGGAGCGGAAUAAGUCUCUAUCAGAUCGGGAGCAGAAGAAGAAGCAGCGGGUGCACGAGAAGAUGACCUACUCGUCCAACGUGGCGGCCAAGCACGCCAGCCUGCGGCGCGAGCUGCAGCUGGAGGACGAGGUGGCGGAGCAGGGGGCGCGUGCAGAGCAGCUACGCAUCUUCCACGAGCAAACGGCCUGGAAGCUCUCCAUGACCCGAGAAAGGAAGAUGGAACCUGAUGACAUACACAGCUACAUCACCCAGAAGCGGCAAACAUUCCUCCUCCAGUACGCCCUGGAUAUGAAGCGGAACGAGAUCCAGCGGCUGGAGAGGCUGGCGGCCAAGGAGGAGGCCAAGCUGGAGCGGGCGGAGAAGUUUCUGGAGAAGGACGCUGCUCGAUUUGAAGAGUUCCUCAGGGAAAACGACCGCAGCUCCCUGCAGGCCCUGAGAGCGGCUGAGAAGGAGACCAGAGCGAAGAUGGAGACGAUCCUGGAGAUCCGCGAUCUGACCAACCAGAUCACGAUCGUCAAGAGUGAAAUCUCCAAAUUUGAAGACACUCUGCAGCGUUACAAGAUCUACAAGGAUUUCCUGUACAAGCUGUCGCCCAAGGAGUGGCUGGAGGGACAGGAGAGAAAGCGCUCAUCUCUCACAAGCACCAGGGAGGCGGUCGAGGCCUCCGAGGAGAACGUGCUGUUCUCUACACUCGGGGACAAAGGACCAGAGAUCAAGGGCCAGACAGAUCUCAGAGGUAUGUGGCUGCCCCAGGUUGGAGGGGCCCUGCUCCGGGCUGGGGCAGAUGGACAGCCCUCCUCUGCUUCCUCCAGAGGAGCAGGGCCCAGAGAAGGCCACCAAGCUCCUGCAGGUGCCGCAGCUGAGGCAGGACCGGCCCAGCACUGUCAGCCACCAGGGGGGCCCCCGGCCCAGUGGGCCUGGCAGGCUGGGCCCCAGGGCCUGUUCCACCCUCCCCGUGCAGGAGGACCCAGACAGCGACGGGGAGGUCAGUGCCCGCUCUGGGCGGGGGCCGCAGGAGCCGGGCCCGCGCCGUCCAGCAGCUCCACGUGGCUCUGGUUGCAGGAGCUGCAGCUGUACUUCACGGAGCCCCAGCAGCUCCUGGAUGUCUUCGUGAACCUGGAAGAGCAGAACCUCUUACUGGUCCAGAACACCCAGGAGAUGGAGGAGGCCUUGGAAGAGCUGAGCUUCACCCUGAAAAACACCCAGAUCCGCAUGGAGCGGGAGGUCAGCCAACUGAAGCAGUGGAUCAGCACGCUGAUGAUGUCCGUCGCCAGGGAGGAGGAGACAGCCGCGGAGCUGGAGCUCAAAGCUCGCAUAUUCCAUUUCGGCGAGUACAAGGGUGAUCAGGAGGACAAGCUGCUGGAGAGCCUGAACCGCAAGGUGCUGGACGUGUACCAGCACUGUGUCGGCAGCCAGCAGGAGUCCAGCCUGGGCACCGUGAAGAUGCUGGCCACCAUCGAGCACCAGCUGAACGAGCUGCUCGAGAACCUGGAGCGGGUGCCCCAGGUGAGGGUCGAGCAGGCCGAGAAAGCCAAGGAGAAGGAGCGCCAUUUGAGACUCCGGGAAGAGAAGCUAAUGCUGCAGAAGCAACUGCAGGAGGAACGUGUACAGCGGGCCCGGGCCCGGGCCCAGGCCGAGGUCAAGAAGAAGGUGGGCGAGGUGGCCCUGGGGAGGCGCCGGGGCCCGGGAGGGGUGAUGGCCUGCAGCCCCCCCGGCUCGCCCCCUUUUGCAGAUGCUCUUGCUGAGGUCCUCGGGGGCAGAUGGGCCAGCAGAGCGGGGUCAGGGUGGAGCAAGUUCUCCCGUUCCAGGCCCGCCGCCCCACCUGCCCCUCGGGACCUGCUUCCUCUGGGAGCCCUCCCAGCCCUGCCCGGCUGCGGGCCCUCCGCCCAGAGCGCUGGCGCCCACAGCUCAGCCCCCACCCCAGGGUCCCACCUAUGUUUCAGCCAGACCACAGGCCAAGGUCAUCAUCCCUCAGUAAGGGCCCCCCAACAGCUGCGUCCUCCACCACAGCAAGUGGGCUGGAGUGGCCUCUGGCCUCCGGCCCCGGCGUCAGGAUGCGUGGUCCCUAAAGCAGGCCUGAGCAUCCACACGGCCCCAAGGACAAACGAGGACACUGCGGGGUCUCCCGUAAUCCUCGCGGCAGGAGAGACGGGCCCUUCAGCCUGGCGUUUCCCCUGAGUUUCCAGGUUUCCCCCCUUCUCUCCCGACGCCUGGCUCAUCCCGGGGGGCAGGUCCGGUCCAGGCUGGUUAGACUUCCUCCCCCGCAGCGCUCACAGUGGCCCCGGCCCGCCUGCUGACCACGAGUGACCAGAGAGGCUGGCAUGGGCCCUGGGCUCCUGGUGCACUCGGGCCAGGUGUCCAGACCUCAGCGCUGGGGCUCUGCGGUCAGGGCGCAGGCUCAUGGCGUGCCCGUCCCCACAGAGGGGCAGGAGGCUGGUGUGCCGCUCGCGGCCACCUGCCCUGCAGAGCAAGGAGGCGCCCAGGCACGAGCUGGUGGACAAGGACCAGGUGGAAUGGCUGUUCUUCUUCACAUAGCCCACGGGCCACCUGCUGCCUAAGGAGAAGCAGAGGCGGCGGGGCUGACGCCCCAGGACACGCCAGCACUGGCACCAUGCCCCCCGCUCCCACGCUGUCCCUUCAGUCUCACGCGAAAUAAAAGCUAUGUCGCUCUGGUACCUCGAGGCCUGUUUCAGGAGGCAGACGCUCUAGCAAAAUGUCAGUCUCCCCUCGUUCGUCAUCUAAAUCAGCAAAUGAGAGAGGAGGCCAUUUUGCAUGUCAAUUCAAUUAGCUGCUGAGACAGAGAGUUCCUUCCUAAGGUGAGGGCUGGGAUAAACCCCAGCUGCAUCCUGAGACGAGGUGUAGGAUCCAACCCGGUUCCACCCUGAGGUGAGGUGUGGGAUAAAACGCAGAACUACCUGAGACGAGAUGUGAGACCAACCCCAGUUCCACCCUGAGGUGAGAUUUGGCAUCAACCCUAUCUCUACCCUGUUGUGAAAUGUGGGAUAAACCUUAGCUCCAACCUGAGGUGAGAUGUGGGAUCGCCCCUAGUCCCCACGGAGCUGAGGUGUGAGAAUAACCCGAGUUCUACGUGGGAUGCGUAUGGUGAGGUUAAACCCCGUUCUACCCGAGGUAAGGCGUGGAAUCAACUAGGGUGAGGUGGGGGACCCCCUACAGCUCCAUCCUGAGGUGAGGUGUUGGGUCGCACACUGUACCACCCUAACUGGGGGAGGUGUGGGAUCGGCCCCAGCUUUUCACCAUGGUGAGGUGUGGAAACAGCCCAGGUUGAACCUGAGUUGAGGUGUGGGAUCCACACGAGCUCCACCCUGGACGGAGGUGUGGGAUGAACCCCUGUUCUACUUGAGGUGCGGUGUGGGAUCAACCCCACUUCAACCCUGAGGUGCGGUGUGGGAUCAACUACGAUUCGAUCCGGAGGUGACGUGUGGCGUCAAAUCCAGUUCUAACCUGAGUAUCCCAUCCAGGGCACCACGUGACAUGUAGUCGUCAUGUCUGUUUAGUCUCUUCUGGGCUUUGACAGUUUCUCAGACUCACCUUGUUUCUGUGACCUUGACAGUGUGGAGGAAGACUGAUCAGCGUCCAGAGCUGCGAGAGAGAAAUCUCUGCUGUUGUGACACCCCCGGCUUUUGGCAUGUUGUCACGGUCACCCCAGGACCCCCACACCUGCCAGAUGAUGAGACACGAGGCAUCGGAGGAAAGAGCCCCUCGGUAUCUGCACGAGCAUCUCUACACACACGUCUGGGUGCUGAAGAUGGAGGACACGCAGCCGCCUCCCCACCCGAGCUGGGCGUCGGGCUGCCUUGCUGUCCCGCUCGCUCCUGUCGUGCAGCGACCAGCCCUCUGCGGCCGGAUGCCUUGGUGAAAGCAUGAACUGGCAGGGGUGCCACCGCUGAAGCAGCAGAAGAGGAAGGUCGCCGUCACCACGGAGGUGACCCUCUUCAAGAAGUACUUGCCCAGGGGAAGUACUCUGAGCGGGUGCAGCCACUGCGCAGUUGCGGACAUAGGAGCUGCUGGGGCACGUGGUGGGGGAGGGAUGCUCCACACCAGGCAGGGUCUGUGGCUCGAGCCCGUGGCAGCACUGCAGCCCUGUGGUGCCCUGCCCGCUAAGACGCCACGCGAACCUGAUCACGUGAGUGUGCACCGCACCUGAUCUCAGACAUGUGUGCUCACUGCUGACCCAUCACGUGUGCCUGAUGUCACACACGCAGAUGAGCUCACCUGCUCACUGCAGGCCCGUCACAUACACUUCAUCACACGCCCACUCACUGCUGCCUGUCGCCCCCAGUCCACGUGGGUCGAGUCCUCUAAGGAGCUCGGGGUUGCCCUGCUGGACCUCAUCAGCUGGUCCAGCGCUGCCGCUGUGAAGGGGAGCCUCACACGGGUGCUUCCUGGUGUCCUUCACACUCGGGUCCUGAGCCACACUCUCCUGCCCAGUCAGUUUCCAAGAGACCAGGCGGGCUCAGACCUCUUCGAGGCGCUGGCUUAGGUAAGGGGCUUGCUUGUUUCCUGGGCAACAUUACUGUUGCCUCAGACUGAAGGGGGAUUGUGUACCCCCCAGGGAAAGAGACGUCCAUGCCCUGACCCCAGGGGCUCAGGCCAGGGCCUCAUUUGGAAGUAGGGCCUGGUCAUGUAACUAGGUGAGACAGGGGCCUUAGGGUGGUCCCAAUCCUGUGUAACUGCGUCCUUAUAAGAUGAGCGGAGACACAGACACAGAGGGGAAGCCCCAUGAAGAUGAAGGCGGAGAUGAGAGGGAUGCAGCCAUAAGCCCAGGGAUGCCUGGAGCCCCAAGAAGCUGGAAGAAGCAGGAAGGACCCUCCCCUGGAACCUCAACACUUUCCAACUGGACAGUUAGUAGGAGUGGGCCUGAACUGAAGGCAGCACCGUGGUCCCUGACCAGUCUGUCUUGCCCGCUUGGCACGGUGGGGAGCAGCUCUCACGAGACGCUGACGAGCGAGUUCUUUUCCCAUGAGACCGUAGGACGCUGGUCCCGUAAACAGGCAGGCCCAUCUCACCCUUCCUCCUGGGCUCUGGUCACACACGGCGACCGUGCACCGUGUGGGGCUGGGCUGUCAGCCUCUGCACAAGAUCCCUUGGUGUUGGUUCAAAGUUCAGCUUACAGCCCAAGAAUGAUGGAAGGUGAAAUCCUCAUCAGCCCUGUGUGGUGCAGGCAGGGCGACACAAUUAAUUAUAGAGUUAAAAGCAGAGAGGCUAAGGGUGACUCAGCCACAGAAAAGCAGUGAAGCACUGACAGAGGCUAUGAUGAGGAUGAACCUCGAAAACAUGAUGCCCAGUGAGAGAGGCCAGACAGGAAAAGACAAUUAGGGAUUCCACGUACAUGAGACAUCCAGCACAGGCAAGCCCACAGAGACAGAACGUGGACCGGGGAUGCCGGGGCUGUGGGAAAUGAGGGGUGACCUCUGAAGAGUGGGGGUUGGGGAGAUGAUGGAAAUGUUGUCAAAUGCAUUGUGCUGGUGGCUGCACAGCCCUGUGAAUAUGCAAAGCACCACUGAGCUUAAUACUUAAGGUGGGUGAACUAACUGUGUGGUAAAGAAAUUCAGUCUCAAUAAAGCUGUUACCAAAAGCGAAAACCUGGAGGCUUGCAGGCCCACCUCCAGAAUGUGACCCCAGAGGUGCGGGGUCGGACAGGACCUGCGUGUCUGAAAGCCCCGUGUGUCCAACCAGGUGGUUUGAGGGCACCUUGUGAAAUUCUCCCUGUGGCAUCAGAAGCGUGGGGCGCUAGUGUGGCCAGGCCUCAGGCAGAGAGGCUGGAU